CCAAGAGACCAAAAGUUUCUAUGAAAGAAUAAGAUUUUGUUCAAUAUUAAAAUAUAAGCUAACAUAUAUCAAAGAAGUAAAGUAAAGUGAUUAAUAAAGAUAAAUUAUGAAGUGCAGUGUGAGUUGAGGUGAGAGGUGGGAGAUGGAGAAGAGCGAGAAAGAGGUGUCAAAUUCAAUUUCAAUAUCAAUAUCAAAGGUAGGAGGAGUAUUAUGCAAGAGAUGCAAGCAAACUUAUAAUCCUGCUUCAAAUUCUUCAACUUCUUGCCGUUUCCACCCUUCCUUCUUCGUAUGUCGCCGUCACGACGACCAAAAAAGGUAUUAUGAACUGGGCCCGGAUGAUCCACCCUAUGCUGCAAAGUUCUAUGAUUGCUGUGGGGCUGAGGACCCUGAGGCAACUGGCUGCACUACAUACUUCCAUGUCUCUUAUGAUGAAGACUGAUGUAGCACCUCACACCCUUUACUUAGCACCGGACAAUCUGCUACCUUGUUAAUAUCAUUUUCACCAUUCUACAUGGUUUACAAGUUCUUCAGUUGUACUUUGUCAUGCACAAACAUAAGUAUUAUGAUCAUGUUUUUUCAUUUUCUCUAGUUACAUUUCUACUGCCUGCAUUGACUGUAAACAAAUUUUAUUGUACUAUAAAAUAAAGUUUAAACUUGUGGUGUGGGAUUAGUCCAUAGAUCACUCUAACCCCCUCCCAUCUCAUGGGAUGCAAUUGAGAUCAGUGUAUUUUUCAGAAAUCUAGUAUAGUUUGGUUUA